UUUGCAGACGUACUCGGAACUGUUUCCAAGGUUUUAUCAGGUUUGGGUGGUGUCGCGGCUGCUGGUCCUGGGAGCCAAGGCAACGGAGAUCUUCCCAACUUGCGAGAGCGCCCCCUUCUCCCACGGCUUCGGGGACCCAGCAACAGCUAUGGCUCCGGUGUCUGGCUCCCGCAGCCCGGAGUGGGAGGCCUCGGGCUCCGGGGGGAAGCGUCGCAGUUCGUCGAAGAGCCCUAAGCCCAGCAAAUCCUCUCGCUCCCCGCGGGGCCGCCGCUCUCGCUCGCACUCUUGCUCUCGGUCCGGGGACCGGAAUGGCCUUAGCCAUCAACUGAGUGGCCCCAGCCAAGGCUCCCGAAACCAGUCCUACCGCUCCCGCUCGCGGUCACGCUCUCGAGAGCGGCCUUCCGCGCCGCGGGGCGCCCCUUUCGCUUCUGCCUCCUCGUCCGCCUAUUAUGGCGGCUACUCACGCCCCUACGGGAGCGACAAGCCAUGGCCUAGCCUCCUGGACAAGGAGAGGGAAGAGAGCCUGCGGCAGAAGAGAUUAAGUGAGAGAGAGAGGAUUGGAGAAUUGGGAGCUCCUGAAGUAUGGGGACUUUCUCCAAAGAAUCCAGAACCAGACUCUGAUGAACAUACACCAGUAGAGGACGAAGAGCCAAAGAAAAGCACCACUUCAGCUUCUACUUCAGAAGAAGAAAAGAAGAAGAAGAAGAAGUCUGGUCAUUCAAAAGAAAGAUCCAAGAAAAGGAGGAAGAAAAAAUCAUCUAAAAGAAAACACAAGAAGUAUUCUGAUGAUAGUGACAGUGACUCUGAUUCUGAAACAGACUCCAGUGAUGGAGAUACAAAAAGGAGAGCAAAGAAAGCCAAGAAAAAGGAAAAGAAGAAGAAACGCAGAUCGAAGAAAUAUAAGAAAAAGAAGUCUAAGAAGAGCAGAAAAGAUUCCAGUGAUUCAAGUUCUAAAGAGUCCCAAGAAGAGUUUCUGGAGAAUCCCUGGAAGGAUCGAUCAAAGCCUGAAGAACCCUCAGAUUUGAUUGGCCCAGAGGCUCCCAAAACACUUGCCUCUCAAGAUGAUAAACCUUUGAACUAUGGCCAUGCUCUGUUACCUGGUGAAGGUGCAGCUAUGGCUGAGUAUGUAAAAGCUGGAAAACGUAUCCCACGAAGAGGUGAAAUUGGCUUGACAAGUGAAGAAAUUGCAUCAUUUGAAUGCUCGGGUUACGUAAUGAGUGGUAGCAGGCAUCGCCGAAUGGAGGCUGUGCGACUGCGAAAAGAGAACCAGAUCUAUAGUGCUGAUGAGAAGAGAGCCCUUGCAUCCUUUAACCAAGAAGAGAGACGAAAGAGAGAAAACAAGAUUCUGGCCAGUUUUCGAGAGAUGGUAUACAGAAAAACUAAAGGGAAAGAGGACAAAUAAGGAUUUUCUGAUUGUUCAUCAGACAUUUUUAACAACAAAAAAGAAAGUUUGGGUUCCAUAUAUACACACAAAAAGAUUAUCAUGAUCUGAAGAAGCUUUACAGUGCUAUACUGUGCCUUCUAUUUAAUUCUUUCAGUCCUUCUAUAAAAAGCUGCUUAUUGAUGUAACUUUAGCAAGCUCUUUGGGUUAUUUUGGAUUGACCAAAACAACCUUCUGGUUUAAAAAUCCAAAUUAUGAAUGAAACUCUACUGUGUUGGGGGAGGUGGCAUUGAGAGAAGGUGCUGGUGAGGUGAGAAACUGAACUCUCACACCAUGGGACAGUGCUCCCAUUAGCUCUACAUGGUGCCCACUCCCCAACCCAUCCCAACUGAACUUGUGAGAAAUUAUCAUUCCUCUAUGUUGAAUGUGUUAUAAAUGGACUUGAUAGAAACACACAGGAGGCCACUUCUGUUACCAAAAUGAAGGCAUGGCUGAAAAAAGCAAAUCUGGAAUUUGAAGGUUGACUUGUAUAUUACAAUAUUAUUGUCAGCUCUGGAAGUAAUGUAUUUUGAUUUUAGUCCCUACCUCCACCCCAAAACCAACAAACAAACCAAAAAGCAAACUAACCCACAGACUUGUUGAAUUGAAAAUGUGAACAUUAGUUUUAAAAUUCUUAAUAGGUUAAUUAAAAAUGGUUAUUUCAAAUAUGAAAUAUUGGGAAGUC